AUGCUCUCCGCAGAGCCCACCCCAGAAGAGGUGCCCGAGACGCGGAGACUUUCGCGGGUUCUUCGGACGUUCAGUGUCCCACCGAAGCUGCCGCCGGAGCUCUGCGACAGAACCAUCGACCACCUCCACUAUGACCGUGCUGCUCUUCGUGCAUGCUCUCUGACGUGCCGAGCAUGGCUGCCCGCAUCGCGCCUUCACCUCUUCCGGCACGUCUACCUGGGAAGUAGGGUGCUCCCAUCGUUCUUGACUCUCCUAAUAAUGAAUCGCGCUCUUGGGCCGUAUGUGGAGGACGUGACGAUCGUCACACGGAGCCAGGGGUUUUCGGUACCGGAGGUCGAUCAGAUGAGAACGCUACAAUUCUUGAAAGAGGUCCUAGACCGGCUCCCCUCCGUGAAGAUCCUCAGGAUACCCGCGUUCUUUCACAUAUCCGUUCUUGAGACCGUCAUCCUCGCGGCACUAUCAAAGUCGCUACAGGCGAUAUUUUUCUCUGGUCUGGUCAUCGCUGACCUCCGGGCGCUCUCCGACCUGCUAGGCUCCUUCCCACACCUGCAGUCGGUCGCCUUUUCGCACGAGAUCUUAUGGCUGCCCGCUAUACCUUUGCCCCCGCCAACGGACGGCCAGACCGCUCCCGCUCUUCCCCUGCGCCAUCUGCGCAUCAGCGUGCCUCCCAAGGAACACGGCGCUGCGGACUUCGUGAAGUGGCUAGGUUCGUGCUUCAAACUCCCCGAAGUGCGCAGUGCGAGCAUCCAGUAUGGCGAGACGUUUCGGAGUCAUGGCCAGCCAUUGGGAGUUGGUCAACUGCUCAACAAGCUCGGGCCCUCGCUCGAGAAGCUUGAGAUCGUGAUGCCUCGUGAUGUGCGCCUCAAAGGCAUGCACUUUGAGCUGAGCCAGUGCACGAGACUGAGGCACAUCUCCUUCCCUGAGUCCAGAAAAAACAACGACGGGGGUGUCAUCUACAGCACCCAGUACUUCUUCCCGACGUGGGCCGCGAUGUUCCUGUCCCGCAUCAAGACCAACAGCGUCCGCUCCAUCUCGUUCACAAUCAACUUCCAGAGCAACAACGACCUCCGCGACCUCGCGCACAUCGAGGAGAUCGCGCUGCCGCUGUCGCGCCCGGAGUUCAGCCAAUUGGCGAAGGUCGAGUUCCGGAUCCUGGGCCGCUUCGAACUGCAGAUCCGGAGGUUCAUCAAAGAGGAGCUGCCUGAGCUGUACGCUCGGGGGAUCGUGUCUUUUGUGUGA